CCGCGCACUCCGCAGAGGCCGGCGUCGCGGUCCCGCCGCCUCCACGCCGGCUCCCGGCGGGGCGAUGGGCGCAGGUUCCUGUCCGCCCUGUACCUCCGGGUCCCUCCGAGCGCCGCGAACCCACGAGAGACCGGGAACCUCGGGCGGCCCGCGGACAACGCGCUUGGCGCUCCUUGGCGGUCCGAGACCCGGUGAGGCCCAGUGUGACAGUAUUUGGAACAGUGACUGCCCUCUGGUGGUGAGCCAGAAUCGUCACUUUCUGUGACCUAAAGGUUACCAAGAUGACCACUCUUGGCACACGUGGUACCCUCUAGCAGCAAGGGACCAGUUGAAGGAUGUCUGAUGUUGGAGUAUGUCUGAUAAAGGAGCCAAAGGAAAUAAACCUUUGCUUCCUCCCGAAUUGGUUAUUGAUUCCGGAUUUCAAGCCAGGAGCCAGCUCCAAAAUGGGGCCUCUGAAGAAAAGAUUGGAGUUGCUUUUGUGUUUUAGUCAAAGGUCUGCCUCCUUACCAGUGGAUGACCAAGACUGUAAAUAAGUGCACACCAAGAGGGUAUGUGGUGACAUGGAGCCUGAAAUAAACUGCUCUGAAUUUUGUGACAGUUUUCCUGGCCAGGAACUGGAUCAGAGGCCCCUUCAUGAUCUCUGCAGGACAACAAUUACCUCUUCCCAGCACAGCAGUAAGACUGUCCCUUCAUUAUCUCCUGCCCUCUUGGGUGUUAUUUGGACUUUUCUCAGCUGUGGACUACUUCUGAUACUCUUCUUCCUUGGCUUCACAAUUCGCUGCAGGAAGAACAGGAUUGUGAAGAUGUCCAGUCCCAAUCUGAACAUUGUGACCUUACUGGGCAGUUGUCUGACUUACAGUAGCGCUUACCUCUUUGGGAUUCAAGAUGUUUUUGUGGGGAGCUCAAUGGAAACUCUCAUUCAGAUAAGACUGUCCAUGCUGUGCAUUGGGACCUCCCUUGUGUUUGGCCCUAUUCUGGGGAAGAGCUGGCGACUCUACAAGGUGUUUACCCAGAGAGUCCCGGACAAGAGAGUGAUUAUCAAAGACCUGCAGUUGCUGGGGUUGGUGGCGGCCCUGUGAUGGCUGAUUGAUCUUCUCCUGACAUGGGUGCUGACUGAUCCCAUUCAGUGCCUCCAGAUCCUCGGUGUCAGCAUGACGGUGACAGGGAGAGAUGUGUCCUGCUCUUUCACCAACACACACUUCUGUGCUUCACGGUACUCUGAUGUCUGGAUUGCUCUCGUUUUGGGAUGCAAGGGGCUGUUCUUGCUGUAUGGUGCCUACCUGGCUGGCCUGACAGACCAUGUCAGCUCUCCUCCUGUGAAUCAGUCCCUAACCAUCAUGGUUGGGGUCAACCUCCUGGUACUGGCUGCAGGACUGCUCUUUGUAGUCACCAGAUACUUACACUCCUGGCCCAACCUGGUCUUUGGACUCACAUCUGGAGGCAUCUUUGUUUGCACAACCACAAUCAACUGCUUCAUCUUCAUUCCUCAGCUGAAGCAAUGGAAGGCAUUUGAAGGGGAAAACCAAACAAUCAGACACAUGGCCAAAUAUUUCAGCACUCCCAGCAAGAGCUUGCAUACCCAGUUUGAUGACGAACAGACUUGCCACCUGAGAGGAGAGAAGAGCUCCAUGGAGAGGCUCCUCACAGAGAAAAAUGCUGUGAUUGAAAGCCUGCAGGAACAAGUAAACAAUGCCAAAGAGAAGCUGGUGAGGCUGAUGUCUGCUGAGUGCACCUAUGACUCCUCAGAGUGGGCUGUCCCACCCACCUCUUUCCAGGGCAAGGAGGUCCCAGCUACAGUCUCUGCCAAUGAUCUCACAGCUCAGAGACCUUCAGAAUGUCCCUCUCCCUCUCAGAAUGAUGUGGACACAGCUGCCCAGGACUUCCAGUGUACUUCAGUGCCCUCCCCACACAUGCAGAGCCUUGGGGCAUCUGGGAGGGACACCAGGCCCUCCCCAGGCCAAAAGGAAAAGAUGCCUGACUUGAAAGACUUUUCUGGUCAUCUAGACUUGGGUUGUAGCCAGAAGCCACAGGCUGAGCAAAGACAAAGUCCAGAAAAUAGAGACCAGGGACCUGAGGCCCCCAGCCAGAGUCUUGUACUAAGUGGAGGGGCCUCUGGUCUCCAGAGACAAAGGCAGAGCUCAGAGGCUUCCCCAGAGAGACUGCCUAGGGUCAGUUCAGCAGUCAGGGAAAAACUUCAGGAAGUCUUACAAGAACUGGCCCUGGGCCCUGAGGCUCCCUUCUCUGCUUCCCCAUCUCGUCCUCUGCAGAUCUGGAAAAGCAGUGCUGCCCGCAGCCCCCAGAAGAUGCCCCUUUCCAGGGAGCUGGGCUUCAGCCCAUAUGUGGUGAGGAGGAGGUGGGCAGCUCAGCGGGCCCGCUCACACUUUUCUGGCUCUGUACCCUCCUAUGUGAGGCAACAGGCAGAUAAGACCGAUUCUGGGGCACACAGUAGGCUGAAUGUGCAGAGUGGGGACAACCCCCGGCUGUACCUCCAAACUGCUGAUUCUAAGUUACUAAGGCUUUCUUCCAGGAAUCCUUCACUACUUCCAGAUCCUCAAGGGAGACCAGGCCCCCUGGAGGGCAGCAAAGGCCAGACAGAGCUCCAGGGGGCCGAAGAGAGCCACGCAGCCUUUCCUCACCAGCCUUCUGCCUCUGCCCAAGCACAGAGUCCCACUGCCUCACGCCUACCCCACUCACCAGACCUGCCUGAGCAGCAGCAGCUUUGGCCCCCAGGCUUCCCUGGCUGUCCCUUCCUGUCUUCUCAGUGCAACUACCUUGACACUGAGUCCAGCAGCUCAGAUGAGUUCUUCUGCCGCUGCCACCGACCCUACUGUGAGAUCUGCUUCCAGAGCUCCUCUGAUUCCAGUGACAGUGGUACCUCAGACACUGACCCUGAACCUUCUGGAGGGUUGGCAUCCUGGGAAAAGCUGUGGGCCCGCUCCAAGCCCAUUGUGAACUUCAAAGAUGACUUGAAACCCACACUGGUAUGAAAAUCAGCAGGGGUUAGUCUAGAUAUAAAGGUCAGUCCAGCUGGAGCCUAUAGAAGGAAAGCCAGAUCCUGGUUUGGGGAACAGCCAGACCAGUGCCCCGCAUCUGACCAGCUCUAACUGUGUUUCAGCUGUGCUCUCUGUUACUUUAAGAACUUCUUGAUCAUAAAAAGAGAGAUAUUACCUGUCUUGCUACUACCUCACAGCAUUACUGUCAAAGACUCCAGUUGAGUGACUAUAGAAGAUAACAACCCCUGGAAUAAAAUUUUUAGUGCUAAAUGAGCACAUGGAGUUUUCUGUCCAUGUCAGCCUGCAUUCUACGGAACUCUUAAUGUACCAGAUAGACGAUCGGAUGGACAGGAAAAUGGAGAGGUUUCUGCAGAACCUAAGCUGUGGACUGUGACUCAUCAUCUGACCUUUUGGUGGACAGACCUUCCAGGAGAAAAGUCUCCUAUGCUGGGCAUCCCAGCUACUUGGGAAGCUGAGACAGGAGGAUUGCAAGUUCAAGGUCAGCCUGGGCAAUUUAGUGAAGACUUCAGGAACUCAAUAAGACCCUGUUUCAAAAUAAAAAUAAAAAGGGCUAGGGAUAUGGCUCAGUAAUAGAGCAUCCCUGGGUUCAAUCCCCAGUAUCAACAAACAAACAAAACCAGGUGACUCUUCUAUAUCCUUGGUCCUUCCAACCCCGGAGGGAUGGGUUUCUUUCCACUGAAGGUUGUAAACAGCACCACCCCUGAAUUCCAGCUUUUAAUCAGAUGCAGCCCAGAGGCCCCAGGUUCCAUCUUCCUUUCUGGCAUCUCACUCACCAUCAUCCUCAAGGCAGUCUGGUCUCCAUGUGCCCACGGGUGACCCAGAUCUCGUUCCUAGGCUAAAAUAGUACCUGAGGCCCUGAAUGUCUUCUGAUCCUAAAGCCCACGCCCUGACUCUCCCAGUGCUGUGGUGUUGUGUGGGGGAAGCAUGUUCCAGCAAUUUCUUUCGGGACAGGGAGGCCCUGCUGGUCAAGAGGUGCUUUCAAUACCAUUGGGAUUACAUGACCACCAAAGAUACAUAAACCUGGAAACAAAAUAGGGACAUAGAAAGGAAGAAAUGGAUGACAAGAAGGCUAGGAAGAAAAUAGGUUGUGAACUUUUCGCUUGAGUCUGGCUCAGUUCUUGACAGUAUCAAAUUUCAGUAAUUCCUAUGAUAAUCCUGUGAAGUAGACACUCUUCUUUUUACAAAUGGGGAAUAUGAGACUUAGAUAAAUGAGGUGAUUUCCCCAGUACCAUGCUGCUGGAGAAUGGCUGCUGGAGAACUGACACACAGCUCCUAGGACUCCAAGUUGUGGAUUUCCCUAGGGACACAUCUCUUCACUCAUUCUUCUGCAAGUGGUAGGUGAGGCUUGUCAGGCAGACAAUAAAGCAAGGGUAGUGUGAGAAGCUGAGAUGGGCUCACCCCACCGUCCAAAGUAACAAAACUGGGGCUCUCACCUCCCUCCGGAAGCAGGCCUCCACUUCCUCCCUGCUGCAGGGCACACCUGCACCUCCAAGGGAGUCAGAGAGUUGGUAGAGGAUGAGUGCCAGGAACUCCUCCACUGCCAAAGCCACAGGGAGAGCACAGCUGGGUUCCCUUUGCUUGAUGCUGAACUGGUAGACGUUCGCAGGCCGUGCCCUGCCCCCACACCCACGCAGGCAGCUGUGGGCGUGCGCAGGUUUUCAUGAAGGAGUUCGGGCCUCAGAAGGAAAUGUUGGGCACUAAAUGUCUCACAGAUUUGUCACAGACUCUAGGGGCCUGUUGAUACCUCGUGACCCUCCUCCCCGCUCCAGAUGCUGAACCUCCUGUAGGCCCUCCUGCUAGCAUAGCUUCUUUUGUCACCUGCUUUUAAAUACAUAUUUCAUAAUUUAUUCUGUGUGUGGAUUUGUAGUUUCUGUGUGUGCUGUUUGUGUGCUGUCAAGUGGUACCUAAA